CGCCAAUCCCCUGCUGGAUCCACCCCGUUGAGUUCCUCCCUUCCCGUGGUCUCUGAUGCAGCUGACCCGCCAAAACAACGAAGCAACUCGACCGACAGUCAGUGUCCGCCAGCACAACAACACGCGCGAUCGGACCCGAACGAGACACACAUAGUUGGCGGGUGGCUCUUUGAUGUUCACUUUAUUGAGAUUAAACAUUCCGUGAAGCUGUGUGUCUGCUGCGACCGAGCGCUGACUGUCCGAUUCGGAACCAAGGCUUCAGCUGAAGGUCGACCCAGCAACUCGAGGCUGCCCAGGUUAUCAACAUCGGUAUUGGAACCACGGAACCUCCUCCUAUUAGCGGUCAUGGGCAUCUGCAGCUCCACGUGCUGCGGAGGCAAAUCCCGCGACGCCCUCUACGAGAAUGUGCUCGCCGAGAACGAGCGGGAGGCCGUCGCGGACCUUCUGCAAUACCUCGAAAACCGCGCCGAAACCGAUUUCUUCACGGGCGAACCUCUGCGGGCACUGAGCACCCUCGUCUAUUCGGAUAACAUAGAUCUUCAGCGGAGCGCAAGCUUGACCUUUGCCGAGAUCACCGAGAGAGAUGUUCGGGCUGUUGAUCGGGACACACUCGGUCCCAUUCUUUUCCUUCUUGAAAACCCAGACAUUGAAGUGCAACGGGCAGCCAGUGCCGCCUUGGGCAACCUUGCCGUUAAUACCGAAAACAAGGUUUUGAUCGUCCAACUCGGCGGUCUGCAGCCGUUGAUCAAACAAAUGAUGUCGCCCAAUGUCGAGGUUCAAUGCAAUGCUGUCGGGUGCAUUACCAACCUGGCAACCCACGAGGAUAACAAGGCCAAAAUCGCCAGGUCUGGCGCCCUGGGCCCCUUGACCCGUCUGGCCAAGUCAAAGGAUAUGCGGGUGCAGAGAAAUGCGACCGGCGCUCUUCUCAAUAUGACGCAUUCUGAUGAGAACCGGCAGCAGUUGGUGAAUGCCGGCGCCAUUCCGGUCCUGGUCCAGCUGUUGUCAUCCUCAGAUGUCGACGUGCAGUACUACUGCACCACUGCCUUGAGCAACAUUGCCGUCGAUGCCGUCAACAGACGAAAGCUUGCCGAAACGGAGCCCCGUCUCGUUCAGUACCUUGUUAACCUCACGGAAUCCUCGUCGCCCAAAGUUCAGUGCCAGGCCGCCCUGGCGCUUCGAAACCUUGCGUCGGAUGAGAAGUACCAGCUGGAAAUCGUUCAUGCCCACGGUCUCAAGCCACUCCUCCGCCUUCUCCGCUCCUCCUACCUCCCGCUUAUCCUCUCUGCCGUCGCAUGCAUCCGCAACAUCUCGAUCCACCCACAGAACGAGUCACCCAUCAUUGAGGCUGGCUUCCUGAAGCCCCUCGUUGAUCUACUGGGGUCGACGGACAACGAGGAGAUCCAAUGCCACGCCAUUUCGACGCUUCGCAACCUGGCGGCAAGCUCAGACCGGAACAAGUCACUUGUUCUUGAGGCUGGAGCCGUUCAGAAGUGCAAGCAGCUCGUCCUGGAGGUACCGGUUACGGUCCAGUCUGAGAUGACUGCCGCGAUCGCAGUUCUUGCACUCAGUGACGAGCUCAAGACGCACCUUUUGGGGUUGGGCGUAUUUGAGGUUCUGAUUCCCCUCACCAAGUCACCCAGCGUCGAGGUCCAGGGGAACAGUGCCGCCGCUCUGGGCAAUCUUUCGUCAAAAGUGGGCGACUACAGUAUCUUUGUCCAGAAUUGGACGGAGCCGAGCGACGGUAUCCACGGCUACCUCAGCCGAUUCCUUGCUAGCGGGGACGCCACCUUCCAACACAUUGCGAUCUGGACCUUGCUGCAACUGCUCGAAUCGGAAGACAAGAAGCUCAUCGGUCUAAUCGGGAAGUCGGAUGACAUCGUUGACAUGAUCAAGCAAAUUGCCAACCGCCAGAUGGAGUCGGACAACGAGGCCGAGGAUGACGAUGAGGGCGAGGUGGUCAAUCUGGCUCAGCGGUGCCUGGAACUACUCGGCCAAGGUGCAUCAAAGAGCCAUAUUGAGGGCUGAUAAUAGCCCGUACUUGUUGUGGAUACAGGCUUUCUACUGUCCCUUGCGUCCGUGAUCUUUCUCUCCUUUUUGUUUUCUCUUUCCAUGUUUUUGUCUGGUUCAUUGCGCAUUGGGCCGGCGUGGAGUUGCGGCGU